AUGCAGGAAGUGAGGGGCGAGUGGGCGGGGGCCGGGACUGCCGGCUGCGUGUUAGCAAAUCGCCUGACGGAGGAUCCGAAAGUGUCAGUACUCGUCCUCGAGGCCGGAGAAGAUCGCAGUGACGACGGCCGUGUUUAUACCCCCGGUCUAGCAGGCGACACUCUGGAUGAUCCGGAUUUCGAUUGGCAAUAUGUUUCGGAUCCGUCUCCCAGCAUGAGCAACAGACGUAUGAAGCACCCUCGUGGUCGCGUUAUAGGCGGCAGCAGCGCAAUAAACUCACUCGCCAUCAUAUAUCCUUCAGCUGCGGAAAUCGACGCCUGGGCAGGACUUGGCAAUGAUGGUUGGGAUUGGAAAACUCUGGCGCCAUAUUUCCUCAAGUUUCAGACCAUUGUACCUCCCAACGAGGAAGUCAAGAAGCAGGUGAACAUCAUACACAAUGAUGAGACAAUCUGGAAGUCUCAUGGACCAAUUCAAACGUCAUUCCCAUCGCAAGUAACACCACUACACAAGGCCUGGCUCGAUACUUUCCACACUCUGGGCCUCGAGAAUGUUAGCGACCCUCUCACUGGACACGCCAUCGGCGGCCACACGUCGACCUGCCAUGUUACCGGAGUGACCCACGAGCGAAGCCAUGCGGGAGUGGCAUAUCUAGAUCCCGUUCUUGGUCGUAAGAACCUGACGAUCAUCAGUAAUGCUGUGGUCAACAGAUUGGCAAUUGGUAAAGAUAGCUUGGGACCGAUAUAUUCGCAGUACGGUAUACUUCAUCGAGUCACAGCCAAAAAAGAAGUCAUACUUGCCGCCGGUACGUUCAACACCCCCCAAAUCCUAGAGCUCUCUGGUGUGGGUGAUCCUGAAAUCCUCGAGAAGCACGGCAUCGAUGUUUUUUGCGCCAAUCCGGCUAUCGGGGAGAACCUGCAAGACCAUAUACGUGCAUGGGAAUCGUUCGAGGUCGCCGACAACGCUCCGAUAACGGAACGAAUACCUAUGGACAAGGCACAAAGGCUUUACGAGAAAAAUCGCUCCGGGCCUCUGAUUGAUAAUGGCGCCUAUAUGUUUUCUUACACGCCACUUGCACCAUUCUUGGCUCUUGAAGGACAGCAAAGAUUGCAGACUGUGCUUGACCAGUACUUGCAAGAUGAUGGAAGUUGGUCGCCAUUUGCACGCAGGCGCAACAGCUUCAUCCGAAAGGCAAUCGAGUCGGCCAAUGAAGUAACUGCUGUAUCGUUCCUGAGUCAGAAGACCCAAGAAGGCUCUAGAGGCGACAAGUUCAUCACCCUCAACUCUAUGCUAUCUCAUCCAUUCUCCGCCGGGAGCGUCCAUAUUACCUCCGAUGAUCCUAGGAUCAAGCCCAAGAUCAACCUCAACUACUACUCGGACCCGAUUGAUCUAGAGAUACAUGCCCGUCACGUCAAGGUACUGGAGAAGCUGGCAGAAACAGAGCCCCUUGCAUCAUACAUCAAGCCUGGAGGACGACGGCUUCCGGAAGGAUACCCAACCCACACGAUCAACGAUGCUAAAGAGAUUGCGCGAGACUUUGCAAUGACAAAUUACCACCCAUGUGGUACAUGCGCUCUGGACGCCGUGGUGGACAGUCGACUGAACGUGAAAGGCAUCCGGAAUUUGAGGGUUGUGGAUGCGAGUGUCAUACCCCUUAUACCAAGAGGAAACAUUCUAGCAACUGUGUAUGCAAUUGCUGAACGUGCUGCGGAUAUUAUCAGCGAGGAUUUGUUACUACAUAGAGAUACGUAG